CGGAUAAACCAGGAUGAUUUUGCAAAAUUUCACCGUUCACACCACCACGAGCUUCCUUAGAUCCGCCACGUUCUCUGCCGUCAAAACGUCAACGGCGAAUGCGGUGCCUGCCUCGCGUGCCUAUUCUUCAUCCACCGCACCCUUCGGAUGCUUCAUCCAUUCAUAAACCAAUGUUCAAGUCCAUGCUUGGAUGCUGCAAAGUAUACAUAUCAGAGAGCAGAAACAAGACUGCAUUAGAAUCUAUUGAAAAAGCUGCAAGUCUUUUUCCAAAGGCUCCCAUAAUCAACAAGUUUGAGGAUGUGGACUACAACAGAGUUGGUUACACUCUUGUCUCUGAGUUUGAGGAAUCAGAGCCAUCAUUGUCGUCGUCGUCAUCAUCAUGUCAAUUGACAUGUGCUGUGCUUGCAAUGGUGAAGGCUGCAUUUGAUGCAAUUGACUUUGGAUUGCACAGUGGAACUCAUCCUAGGCUUGGUGUUGUGGACCACAUUUGUUUUCACCCCUUGGCUGGUGCUUCCUUGGACCAAGCAGCUACGGCUGCUCGCGCCUUGGCUACAAAAACAGGCUCUACCCUGCAAGUACCUACUUUUCUAUAUGGAGCAGCACAUGAAGAAGGGAGGACGCUUGAUUCAAUCCGAAGAACACUUGGUUAUUUCAAGCCAAAUGCCAAUCAAAACAGAUGGAUUGGGGGGCCAACAUCACACACUUUGCCCCUGAAUCCAAACAGUGGUCCUGCUCAAGUGACUCUAGCUAAAGGUGUUUUGAUCAUUGGAGCAACGAAUUGGGUUGAUAAUUACAAUGUCCCUCUAUUAUCUUCUGAUAUUAGUGCUGUUCGUAGAAUUGCGAAACUUGUUAGCGGAAGAGGUGGUGGGCUUCCUUCUGUACAGGCCAUGGCACUUGCACAUGGUGAAGGUGUCAUUGAGGUAGCCUGUAACUUGUUGGAUCCGAAUAAAGUUGGUGGAGAACGAGUACAAAAUAAAGUUGAGUGCCUUGCAAAGGAAGAAGGUAUUUCUGUGGGAAAGGGAUACUUCACAGACUUCUCGCAAGAAGAAAUUAUUCAAAAAUAUUUGGAGCUGUUUAAGGAGAGAAAUUGAUGUCAAACAAUACCAGACUUUCCUCAGGUCUAACAGGGCAAUUUUAGAAGUUUGGACAAACGAAAAUCACGAGUAUGCUUCAAUUUGCAAAAAGGUUAAUAACUAUCUUGAUGGAAAAGUCCUUGUUAUUCAUUAGCAGGAUUAAUCAUAUAAAGUGGUGACAAGAAAUAUUAUUGCCCAUGUCAACUAAUAUCUUAACCAUAUUCUCUGAGGUUUUUCUGCCCAUUUAGUGUUUUAUUUUUAUUUUAAUUCUUCACUGCCAUCCGGCUUAACAUGUUAAACUAUAUUACCAUACCUCAUACCCUUUCUCUUUUUAAAUAAAAAAAUGCCUUCUCAUAAUGCAAUGAUGCCUAGCAUUCUUGUCUUGUUGUUCCAAGUUCCUAUCUAUAAUACGGGUUGAGGUUGUGCUUUUAUCUUUUGGCUAAGGUAUAGAACUCAGUAUAAUACACCAGGCCUGCACCUUUCAUCCAGUGUGUAACGAAAGAGACAGUAUAUAUCAAAACAAAGACUACAUUAAAUUGUGGCAGUUGAAUUUGGUGGUGGAAGCUAUCUCCACAUCUGAAUUGAAUGCAUUUACAGUCCCUUUUUACCAUAGAGCGAGAUGUGAAUUUACAACAUACAUUAUUAAC